UAUGAAAAUAAAAGAAUUUUUUUGAACUGGACCCAGAAGCUGUAAGUACCUUACAUCACAACGCAGACUUGCUGGUUCUAGUACUCUGAAAAACACGCCACCACCUCUUCUUCCUGCGCUCGCGCGCACAUAGAUUUCCUCCUCCUCGUUCUCAGUCCCACAUUCCGUGUUUCAUUCGUUAUACAGCUGCCGCUUCUCCAGCGCACGGUGUAAGAACACUAGGAUUCUUUCUUUAUUUGCCAAAAAUAAAUUUCUUUGUUUUUUUUUUUUUGAUAUUCUUAGAAACACUCUUAUUUGCCAAAUAUACGUUUUUUUUUUCAAGAAAUCAACCAAGAAAAGAAAUAAUAGUUCCUUGAAACCUUUGAUCUUUUUUUCUUUUAUGGGGGUUUGAAUGCAAUAAUUUGCAUGCAUGUUAAAGAAGAUGGAUUUUGAUGAGAAACAAAGUUUUGGUUUUGGUGGUAAUGCAAUGAUAGCUAAGGUUUCAAGAUUUUCUUGGUCACCAUUUCUUUUCUUGAUCACACUUAUAGCUUUUUUAUCUUUUCAAAUCACAACCAAGACCAUCUACCCUAUAAAGAUUGCAUUUAGUUCUACGUCGAAGACCGGUGUUUCAACCGAUACAAGAACCAGCUGUGUGGGGUUCUUUGGAGAGUUGCCGGAGAGAAAAGCUGUGAUGUCGAUAAGAGAAUUCGGUGGGGUCGGUGACGGGAAAACGUCUAAUACCGAAACGUUUCGGAAAGCGAUACGGUACUUGCAACGUUUCGGGGAGAGUGGUGGUGCCCAGUUGAAUGUGCCGAAGGGAAGAUGGGUUACAGGGAGUUUUAAUUUGACAAGUAAUUUCACUUUGUUUCUUGAAGAAGGUGCUGUUAUUUUGGGUUCUCAGGACCCGAAGGAAUGGCCUAUUAUAGAACCAUUGCCUUCUUAUGGAAGAGGGAGGGAGAGAUUAGGGGGAAGACAUAUUAGCCUUGUUCAUGGAGAUGGCCUCACAAAUGUUGUCAUCACAGGAAACAAUGGGACAAUUGAUGGACAAGGGAAGAUGUGGUGGGAAUUAUGGUGGAACAGAACAUUGGAGCACACUAGAGGUCACCUUGUGGAACUAAUGAACUCUAACAAUAUUCUCAUCGCCAACCUUACGUUUUGCAACGCUCCAUUUUGGACCAUUCAUCCAGUUUACUGCAGCAAUGUUGUUGUUAAAGACAUGACAAUCUUGGCUCCUCUCAAAGCCCCAAAUACUGAUGGUAUAGACCCUGACUCAAGCACAAAUGUGUGUAUUGAGGAUUGUUACAUUGAGAGUGGGGAUGAUCUUGUAGCAGUGAAGAGUGGCUGGGACCAGUACGGUAUUAAAAUGGCUCGUCCAAGCUCAAACAUUGUAGUUAGGAGAGUAUCUGGCACCACCCCUACUUGCUCUGGGGUUGGAAUAGGUAGUGAGAUGUCUGGAGGGAUUUUUAACAUAACUAUUGAAGAUUUGCAUGUCUGGGAUUCUGCUGCUGGUGUGAGAAUAAAAACUGACAAUGGCAGAGGAGGAUAUAUAGCAAAUAUUACAAUAAGUAAUGUAACAAUGGAGAGAGUUAAGGUUCCGAUAAGGUUCAGUAGAGGUUCAAAUGACCAUCCUGAUGAAGGAUGGGAUCCUAAGGCAGUUCCAGUUGUGAAGGGCAUUUCUAUCCGUAAUGUGGUCAGUUUCAAUUCAACAAAAGCCCCUGUAUUGGAGGGAAUUGAGGACGCACCAUUUGGUGGGAUAUGCAUGAAGAAUGUUAGCUUGCUUGGAGUGGUAUCAUCUUUGUCAUGGCAUUGUGAAUUUGUCUCAGGUUUUGCAGAUGAGGUAUUUCCAACACCAUGCCCGCAGCUGCAGAGUAAUAUCUCUUCAUCUUGGUGCUCAUACUCUUGGGCUUCUUCGGUCAAUCUCAAUUGAAGUUUAGGGAUUCAGUUUGCACUGGUUGUUUUCAGAGGCCAGUUUGCGUUGAGCAAAUUAUGAUUGAAAAACAAUAUUAUGGAAGUGGUUGGGUUGAUCACUAGAGGAACCACAUUAAGGGUCUGAACUGAGCAUUUCUUAAGUCAUAUUUGCUUCAGCGUGAUAUGAAGCUGCUGCAUGGAUGAGCUCUCAGAUAACACUCUCGGUACCAAACACCAAUUUUGGCAAAUUUGUGGUUGCCUUUUUCAGUUUUGACUUGCCUUGGUGAUUUUCUGACCUUGGAUUUCACUGAUUCUGUCAUUGGUCACUGAUUUUCUGUGUAUGGAUUAUUGAAUAUAACAGAAUGCACACCUGGGGAUUCAACUGAGCCCCAACCACAGAGAGAACAAAGGAUCGAUUACUUAUACCAAAAGAAUACAGGAAAAUUUAAUAGAAGGUACAUUUUCCAGCAUUCCUGGAUCGAUUACUUGUGCUAUAGGAAUGCUAGGAAAUUCUUUGUAGGAAUUUAAUAGAUCCUAUAUUCCAGCUUAGCUCCAUUUAUUUUUUACACCAUAAUUUCUUGUCCAAACAAGAUUUGGAGUCCCCUCUCCAACUCAACUCUUUCUUGGUUUCUGUUCUUGUAAUGAAAGAGAUGGAUGAGAUCUUAUUAACUUGUGUAGUCCUUGUUUUGUUUAAUGUUAUUUACUGACCACCCUGGCAAACCAGGUUCUCUUUUAACAGGUUAUAAUGCUGAAAGUUCCUAUAAGCAUUUAUUUGUAAAGGUAGAAUAAACGGAGGUAUUGGAUAACUUAGCAUAAAUAGGGCAACCACUAGAUUUGUCUUGCUUGUGAAAUGAAUAGCUCUGACACUGAUGAACUUACUGGCUAUAUUCCUAUUACAAUUCCUCAUGUUCAUCUUAGGAACAUCGUGAGCUAGUUCUAUCAAGAAUAUGUGGUCUGAAUUCAUGUGAUGGAUCAAGUCAUCCAUGUUACUUUGAGCUACCUUGGAUGGAACAUGGUUGGCUGAAUAUACUUUCUUUCCAUGUUACUUUCAGCCAAGGCAGGUUCUCUGAGUUUCAUCUGCUUUCUGUAAUGUUUUCUGCGCAUGGGAAAUAACUUUUCCUUUAAACCGUAUGAUCUACUUUUUAAUGGGUUAAAUAUUUCAUUUUCAAAGGCUUCAGGGUCGUAAUUUGCCCCACCCACAAUUAGGUAAAAUUAGUCAUGGAAAUUUUUGUCCAAUCUCCAUAUAUUCUCCAUGGAUGGAGCAAUUUCCAGCAAGGACACAGGAAAAUAUAGGAGAGAAUCACACAGAGAAACUAGAGAUAAAUGGAUUGUAAAUUUUGUUACAUGGAAAACUAGAUACAUGUUGGAAAAUGGAGAUUCAAAGACAAAGCUCACCCUCUUCACCAUUUCCAGAAAACAUUGGAACCACACUUGUAUUUGUCCUUUCCUUCGCACUCCAAAGCCAAAUCAUCAGAGAUAAAUGGCACUUUCUGCAACAGCCAAAGAAAACCAAUUAAAUGAAAUAAUCAUACGGUCCAAUCAAUAAGAAAUAUUACUCAUAAAACUACAUGAGUUGCACCUUUUGCUUGGCAAGAUCUUGGCAGCCUGUGAAGUUCUCGGGGAACUUGCAUGUGCCAAAUUGAACUGUGAAUGCUCUUGCAAAAUUUGCUCCACUAGUGGCCAAUCUCUUCUUGUCAUUCAAUUCCUAUAACAUUAUCACUUCACAAUCAACAUCAUAAUAGAAACAGAUGAUCUGAUAAAUAAAAAGUUCUGAGAAAGGCAGGGUUUUGCAAACAAACCUUGUUAGCUUUGCUCUUUUCAAGGUACUCUUCGAUGACUCCAGCAUUGGCAGAAGAAGCAGCAGCAGCUGAGGUGAAAAGGGUAGCUGCAAGAUAAACCAUUGCAGCUCUCCUUCCUUCACUUGCUUUCAUUUCUCUAGAAUCAGCUCUAGUCUGUUGGGCUCUGAUCACAGGCAACUUGGGGCCACACACAACAAGGGAUGCAACUGCAGGCAUGGAAACAAUCUUGGCAUUAAGCUCAGAUGAUCCAGUGCCUGAGAUGGCAUAGUUGCAUGCCAAAACACUAGAAUUCAUGGCUGCCAUUGCUUGCAAAA